AAUGCGUGUUAUGUAUAAUUCUCAUAUAUUAUGUAAAAUGAGCCCAUACGCAGGACCAGAAAUAAGUGUACAGUAUUUUUACCCAUCGAAAGUGGUAGCACUGCGCAGGGCGUAGAUUCUCGCCUCAGCGUUUAUCCAGAUCGUCGCCUCUGUAUCAGACGUCAGUGUCUAUGCUCGACAUGCUCGGGAUUGGUAUGCGCGUUCAAUGCAUUUGGUUCGGUGAUAAUAGAAUGUCUAUGAGAAAAACGCGCGGCACGAAUGCAUAGUAGGUACGAUCAUUUAAAGCACGAGGCUAGACACACGGACACGACGCACUUCAUUGGUGCAAUCGUUUUUGUCAGAUCGACGGUUGUAGAACCUAAUUCGCCGUCAUAAUCUACCACACGCUGUGUGUCUUGUGUAUGCUGUGUUUGAGCAUUGUGCAACGUUUUUGUCAGAUCGACGGUUGUAGAACGUUAUUCGCUGUCAUAAUCUACCACACAUCGUAUGUCUUGUGUAUGCUAUCGAUGGAUGUCAAAGGUUAUUCGUCGUCCUCAUCUACCACACAUUUUGUUUCUUGUGUAUGCUCUAAAUGCGUUUGGGCAUUGCACAACAUUUUUGUCAGAUCGACGGUUGUAGAACGUAAUUUGCUGUCAAAAUCUACCACACGUUGUGCGUCUUGUGUAUGCCUCAUUGGCGCUAUAGUUUUUGUCAGAUCGAUGGUUGUAGAACUUUAUUCGCCGUCAUAAUCUACCGCACGCUGUGUGUCUUGUGUAUGCUGUGUUAGUGCAUUGUGCAUUCCUUUUUGUCAGAUCAUUGGUCGUUAACAGACACAUUGUGUUUCUGGUGUAUUACUUGAGUAGUGACUGACGUGCACAGCACUGUUGUGUCUGCCUGUCCUUUCCUGCCGGUUGUUUGUAAGCUGUUUGUGGUUGGGCGCAUGUGCACGGACGUCGGCAACAAGUAACAACUACCGAUUACAUAAUCGACUGUCGUAUAUAUUAUUUAAUAUAUAUGCCUGUUCACUUAUCAACUAUCGAGUCAUCAUCUACUUCCAACCCUUCCGAGUCCGGAUUAUAAAGGUCAGACAUAAUAACUACCUUUUUUUAUUUGUUUUUGGCAAAUGCAAUUGUCGUAAUCAGUGUGGUAUUGAAUAAUAUUUGGGUAAUAUUUUAAGUAACUCCUAUGUUUUAAAAGUAUUUGAGUAUCUAUUACUCAAUUGAAGUAACCUUGAUAUACAAAACAAAAUUCUUCUUACAUAGUUCUGAAAUAAUUUUUAUUACAUUUUAAAAUCAUGAUUAAAUUAUGAAAAACAAAUUUUUUUCAAAAAUUAAAACACAGAAUGUGCAAAAUCACAACAUGCUUCUUUCACUUCUUGUAACUUCAAAAAAUCAGCAGCCGGUAUUAAAACCUUGGGAAAUAAACAAUUUAAAUGAUUUUGUUAAAUAUAAUAAAAGCAAACGUUAUCUAUUGCUGUAUUAUUACUUGAAUGUUUUUUUCAGUGAUAAAUUAAAUCUAUCAAUAGUUUUAAACUGGUUGAUUAUACCUCUCUUAUAUUAAUAAGAGAUUUAUUCUUCUUCUUCUUCUGCAUCUUCUUGCCUAGAUUUUUAAAGUUUCAGGGGUAUCAGUCCCUGCAGUUCCUUGACCAUCAAAUAUGAUUGUCAAAGUCUGAAAUGAGAUAUCAGUUUUAUUUAUAUUUAGGCAGGUACUAGUAGAGGCAUUAAUGAGUAAUUAUGCAUUCUUAAUUAUAUGAACAACACAAUAUAAUUUUUAUUUUUACAUAUUUUUACCAUUUCCCAAAAGACAGGAUAAUCAUGUUUGUGGGAUCUAUAAGUGUCUCCACCAUAAAUUUAUUUCCAUGACAAAAAUAAUAUAUGUAUAGGUACUUUAAAA